AUGACUCUGCUGGAGUUCACCGGCUGCUCGCUGCUGGGCUUCGGGCCGACGCUGUCGAUGUUCGUGCUCACCGUGGCGGGACAGCCGAGCCGCGUGAUCGUGUUCUUGACGGGUUCCUUCUUCUGGCUGCUCUCGCUGCUGCUCGCCUCUCUCGCCUGGCUGCUACUUGUGCCCCUGCACAAUUACAGCGCGCCGGGGGUCGCCAUCGCUGCCCUCUCACAGGAGUGCUUCCGCCUUCUCUUCUUCCGUGUGCUGCGUAAGGCCGAACGCGUGCUGAACGCGGUAGUGCUGACUGGUGCCGAGAACGCUAUGCGAUCUCGCUUGGCGUUCGCGUACACGGCUGGCCUCGCUUUUGGAGCCAUGAGCGCUCUCUUCUCGCUCCUCGGCCAACUUACCGAUGCUCUGGGACCCGGAACGGCCAGCAUUUUCGGUGGUACGCCACGACGUCUAAGUGUGGUAGCAGUCACUGCAGGAACCUUCAGUGUACUGCAUGUCUUCUGGGCCCUGGUCUCCUUCCACGCGCUUGACAUGGGCCGAUGGUCAAUGCUCGCCUUCGCGCCAGCCGCUCACGUGGCCGCAUCGGCGGCGGCGCUGUUCACACCCGACGGCGAAUACGCCAUCUUCGCGGGCGCCCUCUGUGCUGUCCUGGCGGUGUCCGCAGCGAUGGCGUUCCACGCGGCCGGAGGCAGCGCUAAAAACGUUGCCGUUUUAUUUGCGCGUGACUCCAAGGGAUAA